UAAGUAUUCUGUUUCCUUGGAAUCUAUACAUAUAAAUUUGAGCAAGAGUCAAGCCUAAAAGUGACAGUGCAAGGCUAAAAAUGACUAAAGGGUGGUUUUCAUUCUCAUGUUGUUUUAAUUACCCUACCAAGUUUGUUCUUUUUUGUCAUUAUUGUUUGCUUUCUUUUUAGCCAUUUUAGUUAUUUUGAAAUAAGUUUCAGCGAGCUCUGUCUCAAAAAAAAAAAAAAAAGUUCCAUGCUAUAGUAGCUUUGGAGGUUUCCGCAAAUGGAGGGAGAAAAGGUUACUACAAUGAUUCAAGCAAGGAUAACAAUCCCAGAUAAAAGAACUGCUUUUUCUGGGACAACGACUGCUCCCCUGUUUGCCUGGCCAUGGGAACACUAUGGCAAUUACAAGUACUUGUUUUACGUGGCACUUCUUGCAAAAUACUUGUAUCCUACUACUACAACUGAAGAAGGCACCGAGGGGAGUAGUUGGUGCUUACAUAUUCUACUCUUGUUCCUCCUAAGAGGUCUCCUUUAUCAACUGUGGAGCUCUUAUGAUUAUAUGUUUUUCCUCAAUCGAACCCGCCGGAUUUCUGAAGAGGGCAUUGAUUUUAAGCAAAUUGAUGCAGAAUGGAAUUGGGAUAAUUUCUUAAUUCUUCAUGCUAUUGUGGCUGUGCUGGCCUAUUGGAGCUUCCCAUCUCUAACCAAUCUUCCCCUCUGGGAUGGAAGGGGUAUUUUUUGUUGUCUUGCACUCCACAUUGGGGUCUCGGAGCCAGUUUAUUAUUGGCUACAUAGAUUACUGCAUUCCCCAAAUCUCUUCACAGAUUACCAUUGGCUACAUCACAGCUCUAAAGUUUCACAUCCGUUCACAGCUGGACAUGCAACAUUUCUUGAACAUCUGGUACUAUGUAUAGUUAUAGGAGUACCAAUCUUGGGCACUGUCUUUAUCGGCUAUGGAUCAAUAAGCAUACUGUACAGUUAUGUUUUGCUUUUUGAUAUGCUCAGAUGCUUGGGACAUAGCAAUGUGGAAGUUAUUCCUCAUCAUCUUUUUGAGAAUAUUCCACUUCUCAGAUAUCUUGUUUAUACUCCUACAUACCAUAAUAUACACCACAUGGACAUGAGAACAAAUUUCUGCCUCUUCAUGCCAGUUUAUGAUAUAUUGGGAAAGACAAUAAACACUCGUUAUUGGGAUCUCCACAAAGAAAUAAGCUCAAGGAAAAAAACAAGUGCACCAGGGUUUGUUUUUCUUGGCCACGUCGUGGAUAUAAUGGCUGCAUUGCACACUCCAUUUGUUUUCCGAUCAUUCAAUUCCAUACCUUUUAGCAAAAAGUUCUUCCUGUUUCCUUUCUGGCCUCCUACCUUUUUAGUAAUGCUUGCCAUGUGGGCCAAGUCCAAGACAUUUUUGGUCAGUUUUUACAAUCUCAGAGGCAGACUGCACCAGACAUGGGUUGUGCCAAGGUUUGGUUUCCAGUAUUUCUUACCUUUUGCUGCAGACGGCAUAAACAAGCAAAUCGAAGAAGCCAUCCUUAGAGCGGAUAGACUUGGUGUCAAGGUCAUUAGCCUUGCCGCACUAAACAAGAAUGAAAGUCUGAAUGGAGGUGGAACGCUGUUUAUUAACAAGCAUCCUGAUCUUAAAGUUCGGGUCGUCCAUGGAAACACCUUGACUGCUGCUGUGAUCCUAAACGAGAUUCCUCGAGAUGUUGAUGAGGUGUUCUUGACAGGUUCAACUUCAAAACUGGGAAGGGCCAUUGCCCUCUAUCUGGCUCGUCGAAGGGUCAGGGUUCUGGUCCUUAUACAUAUGCAGAUGCUUACACAAUCCACGGAGAGAUUCCUAAAAAUCCAAAAGGAAGCUCCCGAGGAACUCCAAAAGUUUCUUGUUCAAGUAACCAAGUAUCAAGCAGCUAAGCAGUGCAAGACAUGGAUUAUUGGAAAGUGGACUACUCCUCGGGAACAAAGUUGGGCGCCAUCAGGGACACAUUUUCAUCAGUAUGUGGUUCCCCCCGUCAUUCCUUUCCGCAGGGAUUGUACUUUCGGGAAGUUAGCAGCAAUGAGACUUCCAGAAGAUGUAGAGGGCCUUGGAUCAUGCGAGUACACAAUGGAAAGAGGUGUAGUUCAUGCUUGCCAUGCCGGUGGGGUGGUUCAUUUUCUUGAAGGUUGGAAACACCAUGAGGUGGGAGCUAUCGAUGUUGAUCAGAUUGAUGUUGUGUGGAAAGCUGCCUUGAGGCAUGGCCUCAAGCCCAUGCAGAAUUUUAUUGUAGAUAAGUCCUGCAAUUGGGGGAUAAGUCAGUAGGACAAUACACGUGGCACUUAAGUAAAAACGGGACAGAUGGGACAGAGUCAAAAUCCGGAAAACAGAUGAUUUGAAGCCACAAUUCUCCACCAAAUUAGGCGGAAAGAACAUUACUCCUAUAAGCAGUUUUUCGGUUGUAGUCUAUACCCAAUUUGGAUGUAAAAUCUUAUCCUUUACCUUCUUCUCCAAUGCUUGUUGCAAAUCUUGCUAUUUGUCAUUGAGAAAUUGACAUAAUGCGUUUCAAAUACCAGUUUCUGUUCUCUUUC